ACAACAUGGCGGUCACUGGAGGCAAAAUAGCUCGUCGGCGAGACGAAUAUAUCGGAGAAACUAAGAAUCUACUUCGUGAUGGAUAUGGGGUUUACAAUUAUGCAAACAAGUUCUUCCGAUAUGAAGGAGAAUGGAUGGAUGGAAAAAAACAUGGUCAUGGCAAACUUGUCAUGAAUGAUGGCAGCUACUAUGAAGGUGAAUUCCAAAACGGAGAGAUUGAGGGACAUGGCUAUAAAUACUUUGCUGCCUCUGGGAGAAGUUAUACUGGACAGUUCCAUGAAGGAGAGCUGCAAGGAAAUGGAGUCAUGAAAUACAAGGAUGGCUCUUCAUAUGAAGGAGAAUGGUUUAAAGGAAUGAGAAAUGGAUCUGGAAAAUUCAGAAUGGCUGACAAUAACAUUUAUCAGGGAAAUUUUUAUCAACAUAAACGACAUGGAGAAGGCACACAGGUUUACAAUAAUGGUGACCGUUAUGAUGGUGAUUGGGUCCAUGACCAACGCCAAGGCCAUGGCGAGCUCCGAUGUAGAAAUGGUACUAUUUAUGAUGGUCAAUGGAGAAACGAUAUGUACAAUGGUGAGGGGUCAAUGAUCCACUGCUCCGGCUUCAUUUAUGAAGGAAUUUGGUUGAAUGGCAAACCAUAUAAGAUGGCAACUAAACUUGUUGUAAUCGGGGAGUCAGAAAUCGAACUGACACAGGGGCAGACGUUUACAAUUGAGGUGGAAUGUCGAGGAGAAGAUGAUGAAAAAUUAGAAGAUAAUGGGCGUGAGAUAAGCAUAGUAGCAGGAUAUAAACAUUUAAUGCCAAAAGAAGGCACAGCACUCUUUGAUAUCAUUGAAGAUGUGGAAGAACACCCUAUUGCUACGCCUUUUGGCUACGAUAUUGUUCCGUUUCCCUUGACCGACCAGAUGCCAGAGGAACCUAAAUCGGACUCGGAAGGACCAGCACUAUCGACGUCGGGAAUGAAAUCAACAACGAGUCUCUCUGAGCCAGCAAUACAGGAAGAAACAAAAGAUGGUGCCUCUUCUGAUGAAAAACCAGCUGAGACGACUGAACCGAAAAAAGAUGAGGCUUCAGAAGUAGCGGCUGAGGCAGAUGGUACCAGCCACCCAGAAUCUCCUUCUGCAAAAACAUCAUCAGAUGAACCAGCGACAACUGUUUUAUCAGAGCAAGAAAACCGCGAAAGUACUCCUCUCCCACCACCAGUCUUCAAUGCAAGGACAGAAAUGGGAAUGGCCGGCUGGGCAGAUCUCCUCCUACCAGCUGCUCCACCGAUGUACAGACCAUUUUCAAUACUUGACGAUGAAACAGGCUCGUCGACAUCUUUAAAGAAGUCGAAAACGUCCACGUUGAAGAGUAAGGACCCAAAGAAGAAGGCCGAAGAUGCUUUUAGGAGUGUUUAUACUUCAAUAAAAGUCAUUAAAUCAGUUUCUACUGCUAAAGCAGUGAAAGAUGAAAAGGCAGCAUCACGGUAUAAAAGACUCGGAGAUGAACGUUUUGCGAGACCAGGGGAAUAUGUGAUAAUGGUACAGGAUGUGACCAACCCGCCUUUUAUGGAUUUCGUCCUUGAACCUGCGUUUCUUCUUGUCAAACUUGCUGUACCGAAGAAAGAGAAAAAAAAGAAGGAAAAACUCCAAAGCAAAAAGUGGGAUACAAGCAAACACAUUAUGGGAGGCAUGGCUGACAGCAUGAAACUCCAUGCCGAUGCUGAUCUGCAAAACUCCGAUGAUGGGACACCUCCAAACACAUAGCCGAGUCAAUGGCCAGGGCCAUGGAGGAUGCGAUUAUCAGGGAAAAUACAGAAUUUCUAGAGGAGCAGAAACGUCUAGAUGUGGAGGAACAAAACGAUGCAUCAGUCCCAAAACCAGAAUGAGAAGGAAGAGUAAAUGAAACCUAUAUUGGACAAAGUGUCCCUCAUUGACAACACAUGAAUGGUACCUGCUACUGACCCACCCACCCCCUCCCAGCAAGACUGCUUCUAAUGUUAGUUGCCCAGAUUCUUACCCCUGAUCAUGCCUUUCUUCAUCAUGGUAGCUAUCCUUGCAGUUUUAUGUUAGGCCGACUAUACAGCUGGGGCUUGCGAAGCAAGUCCUGGCAAUGUAGCUUAAAGGGAGACUUUAGGCAGGAGCACGUUGGGACGAAUUAAGUCUUACCAAGUGGCCAAUAUGUGUAUCCACUUUCUAACAGUAUAUCAGUACAACUCGUGCUUGUCGGAGGAAUAUCAUUAUAACUAAAGUCAAACCAAACCCAGUUCCCUAAGUAUGCACACCAUUCGAGAUUACCAAUUUGUCCCCACAGCUCCUGCUUAAACGACAUGGGCAUUUACUUCUUAAAUUGUCCUAGAUAGACCCCCUCCCUGUCCCUUCUGUAUGUGAUAUAGUGCUUAGUCUAGUAAAACUCAUUGGUAGAAUCAAGUGUAGUCCAUACUUGGUAGAAUAUAUUAGUAUUGUUGUAGUUUUCCCUGGCAUCUUUCAGGCUUAGAUAGAUGCAAGUUGAUGCUGCUGCAAUAUUGGCCCUAGCUCUAUAAGAAAGUGAAAAUUUGAUGUAUAAAGGAGCAUAAGAGAGUCAAAUUCAGGUACUAAAAUCUGGUUGAUGAAGGAAGCAAAAUCAACUGUUUAAAAAACAAGCAUUUAUUGAUUUAUGUAACAUUGUAACAUGAUAAAUCAAUUAUGUAAAGUUCAACAAAUCAUUCAUAUUAAUCACGUUUGUGUGAUUUGUAUAGUAACGCCAUGCAUCACAGGCUCUAGUUGUGAUGUCACAGGCUAAGGAACACUCUGUAUAAGCGCAGCACAAGUCAUCAAAUGUGCUAAAAGUUAAAAUAAACUGAGUUACAGAGAAAGUUAACUGAUAACCAGUCAGUCUUGUUAUAAGGCCAACUUUAGAAGCCUUUCAGCAUUCCGUCCGAAUAAUUGUCCACUGACUAUAAAAGAUUCCGUCCACUAAGCAUACAUGUACGUAAAUUGUAAUAUCGGUGUGUUCAAAGUCAGGAACAUGCAGAAGAAAUGUAUAGUAAUUUUUCAAACAAGAAUUGUAAUUUUUCAACUUUGCAAAUAGUUAUUGAUUUUUGAAAGAGAAUUUGUAUUUCCAUAAUGUGAUAAAACGUAUGCACAUUGUACAAUAUUUUUCAAAUGUGGUUCUAUGUGAUAGAAAUAUGUUGUUUUUGAUAAGCUUGGUUCCUGUCGUGCUGUUCCUGUGGUGAGUAUCAGAAGUUUUGAAAGAGACUGACCACAUUAGAGACCAUUAUCAAGAAGCAACACUUGCUCCUCAUUGGAAGAACCAGUCAGAGCAGAAAAAUAAAAGCCAGUUUGGCUGUAACAUGUAGAAAGAUUGAUUGAGAAUCCAGGUGUUGAAACUCAGAACUUUUUUCUCACCAUGGUGACGGCCUGGGAGGAAUCAAACUGGUUUAUCUGUACAGUUUUUAAGAUUGAUUAAAACUUAUUUGAAACAUA